UUUGAUGGAUUAUUGUAUAAAAAGGUAAGAUUGCAUUAGCAGUCAAGUGUUUCUAAGGAUCCGUUGGAUAUUGGAUGGAAUUCAGAUAUCCGAAAUUCUUAAUAGCAUUGGAUUUGGAUAUGCACAGAUCCGCUUCAAAUUCAAUUCGUUGACAGCCCUAUAGGGAUCUUCUUGCUUUGACGUGUUCAGAGGUGGUGGUGGCAUCUUCCAGGCCAACUUUUCAUCACAUUCUAAUGAGAAGUAGAUGGUGAUAAGAUUCAUCCAAUGUGAAUUUUGGACGCUCUCUGGGAUGAAGAGAACUGGCGAGCUCAGUACGGCCAAGUCAUUCAAUCUAGGGAGGAGGGUUUUCCUGCUUUUCCUGUAAUAGAUUUAUGGGAUUGGUCAAUGGUGGCACAAACCGUUGGGAAAAAGAAACGUAAGGUGGCUAGGCUGGUCGGAAGGCUGGUGAGACGGUCCGCCAAGCUUCAUCCUUCUAUGCCUGUUGGUGGUGGUCUUCUGAAAACUUCUAUCAUAUCGGAUGUGCAUCUUGAUCUAGUGCGAGUUGUGUCAGGGCAGGUGUAUAAAUUGAGGAGCCCUAGUGCAAGAUACCUUGCUUCGUUAUCAACAUAUGAUUCUUCCAACCCCACAAAAGAUUGGGGCUUCCCUGAUUUAUUGGCUAAUAUGGACAACACUCCCACCUCUGAUUUCGAGGCAAGUCAUGGAUCUGAAGCCAUAGAUGGAGAAUCAUGUGCAAACCAUGGUCAACCUUUAUCAUCAAAAGAAAAGCAGAGAGGACAUGUGUACAGAGAUAGAGCUGCUGAGAGAAGAACUCUACAUGGCGGUUUUGGAAUAGGUCCAGGUCAAAAGACUUUUGCAAAUGGUGGUAGGGGUAGAGAAGUGUCAUGUUCCGAGUCUUUGGAUACAGAAGAAGCUGCAGCUGAAGCCCAGCACAUGUCAUUUGGAGCUGGUAGUUAUGCAAGAAAGAUUUUAGAAGGCAUGGGCUGGAAAGAGGGGGAGGCUCUUGGGAACAAUUCAAGGGGUCUGAAAGAACCAUUACAAGCAGUUGGUAACAAAGGGUGUGCUGGAUUGGGGUGGAACAGCCAUGACAGACUCUGAUCAAACCACAGCCGGGCGCCUUUGGAAGCGCAAUUGAUGGCCAGUCGAAAAGCUCAUUUUGCAAGGACGGUGAUUUGAUUGUAUAUGGUUUCUUAAUCUAAUUUAUCCUGCUGUUGCUUAAAUGCCGAUGGCCCAGCCUCAGUCCGGAUUCAUUGCAGUGUCAUUCUCCCUUUCACUUUGCUUGGGCGUUGAGGUUCAUUUACUUAUCAGACCGAAUCACUGGGGAUUGACUUGCUGCUGCAGUGAUGUUUUUGUGGAAAUCCGAAGCUACUGUACAGUUUCAAUCCAUUUAAUUUUAUGGAAUUUAGAUGAGUUGGAUGAAAAGUGUUUCUUUAGAAUCAUAAGCAAUCUAUGAUGGGCCUAUUCGAAGUGUUGA